AAACCCUAAAUCCCAUCCAGUUCUCAAAACUCAAAGCCACACUGCCCCUCCCCUCCUCUUCCCUCUUAUUUCUCUAUCAGCCUGUUGUAAGAAGAAGCACGGCUCGUCUCCGCCUCCUCAUCUGGUCCAGUCGUCGCUUCCCGACAAUCCCUCUGGUUCAGCCGUCGCCUCCUGCGGCUCGUCCUGGUCCAGCCGUCGCCUCCCGCAGUUCGUCCAUUUUGUAACGCUGCAACGUCCUUUGUCUCCGCCGCUCCAUUUGGUUCAGCCGUCGACGCUCGUAUUCCACUCUCAGUGUCCUCAGCAGCUUUAAUGGCGCCUGCUGCACUUAACAAGAAGAAGGGCUCAAAAUCACAGAAACCUCCACCAAAAAAGAAGCAAAAGAAUGAUAUUCUCACUGAAAAACACCCAAAGAAGGAUGAAGUUUUGAAUGAUUCUAGUAGCUCAGAUGAAGAAGUACAAGAACAUGAAGAGUUUGAUGUAGAUGAGCAGGGAUCUGAUUCUGGGUCUGAUAUCCUUUCUGAUGGUGAUGAUGCAUUCACUGAUGAUUUUCUUCAAGGAGAUGAUGAUGAAGAGAAACUUUCAGGUUCGGAUUCUGGUAUGGAUCCAGGUUCAGAUUCUGCUUCAGAUUCUGAUGAAUCUGAUAUUGAGAAAAAGUCAAGGGCUCUUGAUGAACGAAAGGCAAGGGAAGAAAAAGACGCUGAAGAAGAGAUGCAGCUCAACAUUGCAGAAGAAUCUGAUGAAUUCAGAUUGCCCACCAAGGAGGAACUUGAAAAUGAAGCACACAGGCCCCCAGAUCUUCCAAAUCUCCAGAGGAGGAUAAGAGAGAUUGUGCGAGUACUGUCAAAUUUUAAAGAAUUGAAGCAAGAGGGGAGUAGAAGAAAGGAUUACAUUGAGCAGCUUAAGAUGGAUUUAUGUUCAUACUAUGGUUACAAUGAUUUCCUUAUUGGAGUUUUGGUUGAGAUGUUUCCAGUUAAUGAACUCAUAGAACUUGUUGAGGCUUGUGAAAAGCCACGACCGAUAUGUUUACGAACUAAUACUUUAAAGACUCGGAGACGGGAUUUGGCUGAUGUACUCUUAAACAGAGGAGUAAACCUUGAUCCUUUAAGCAAGUGGUCAAAGGUUGGAUUGGUUGUGUAUGAUUCACAAGUGCCUAUUGGUGCCACUCCAGAAUAUAUGGCUGGUUUCUACAUGCUGCAAAGUGCGAGUUCAUUCUUGCCUGUGAUGGCCCUUGCUCCUCAAGAAAAGGAACGGAUUGUUGAUAUGGCUGCUGCACCUGGUGGAAAAACAACUUAUAUUGCUGCUCUUAUGAAAAAUAGUGGAAUAAUUUAUGCAAAUGAGAUGAAGGUACCAAGACUAAAGUCUCUUACUGCAAAUUUGCAUCGCAUGGGGGUGACAAACACCAUUGUUUGUAACUAUGAUGGCAGGGAGCUUCCUAAGGUUUUGGGUCACAAUGCUGUCGAUAGGGUGUUGUUGGAUGCUCCUUGCAGUGGGACUGGGGUCAUAUCUAAAGAUGAAUCUGUUAAAACCUCUAAAAGCUUUGAAGAUAUACAGAAAUGUGCCCACUUGCAGAAGCAAUUAAUUCUUGCUGCAAUUGACAUGGUCGACGCAAACUCAAAAUCUGGGGGAUACAUUGUUUACUCCACAUGUUCCAUGAUGGUUGCUGAGAAUGAAGCUGUCAUCAACUAUGCUCUUAAAAUGAGGGAUGUCAAACUUGUCCCAUGCGGACUCGACUUUGGGCGUCCGGGGUUUAUCCGCUUUAGGGAACACCGUUUCCACCCAUCUUUGGAAAAGACGAGACGUUUCUACCCACAUGUUAACAACAUGGAUGGUUUUUUUGUGGCAAAGUUGAAAAAGAUGAGCAAUUCAAUACCUACUGCUGUACCAUCUGAACCGUCAGAAUCAGUUGAACAAGCUUCUGGACCAAAUGAGAGCGACAGUGAAAAGAAAAUGGCAGAGCCUUUUAAGAAAAAAGGUGCAAUAAAAAAAGCUGAGGGCCUAAGUAAUGGUGUUUCUGAUAAUGGAAACGUGGAAUCCCCAUCCCCUGCCAAAAACAGGCAGAAAAGAAAAUUUCCGACUCGAGAGGAAAUCUCAAAAAUUAGGUAAAUUUCUCUUCAAUUUAUGCCGUCCUUCUAUUCAUCCAAAAGAUCGCAGGUAUUAUCUGUUGUAAACAGUUGAGAUAAAAAUGAUGUGAACAGUUGAAUCAUUGUACAAAUUGUUCCAGCUGAAGGCUUACUUUGUUUAAUGCGAAACAAUACAAAGUUGAUGUAUCAGUUUAAUUCUCACCUUUCCCUCUUAAGGAGAUCAGUAUUUGUUAGUGAAAUUAGAAACUGAUUACUUAAAAACUGCUGCAGGGAGGAGAAGAGAAAAGCUUUGAGAGAAGCAAAAAAGAAGACAGCAAAGAAGGGCGGCCGUAAAGACUGAACGGCUAGCUGGUGACAUACAAACCUUGAUAGGAUGAGAAUACGAGGAUUUGCUUUGUGUUGUGCAAAACCGGAAUGGAGAAAUGCAUCCGACUUCUCUGGUUCAACUCUAUCUUGCACAAUGUCCAUUUUUAUUUUGCUUGUAGUGCUUAAUUUUGUUAGCGUUAAUUAAAGAUGGCUUGCUUUGCUUGGACUCUUUUGGUCCACAAAAUUUUGAUUGUCAAAACCUUCAUAUCUAGUGUUUGUUAUAAUAUUAAAUAGAAUAGAUGGGUUACUCUAAAAAA